CGUUUCUCGCCUCCAAGGCCUCGUUCGUUCCCGCCCAAGCCCUCCCCUCUCUGAGCCCCUGCUGCUUCUGCUGAAAGCUGAGGCUCCAUGUUUUCUCCUCAGCGAGCGGUAGCGGCAGCCUCAGGAGGAGCAGGUGAUGCCAUGGAGAGUGGAAAGCCUGGUCCAGUGCAAGUUGUUUUGGUUCAGAAAGACCAACAUUCCUUUGAGCUAGAAGAGAAAGCCUUGGCCAGCAUCCUCUUGCAGGACCACAUUCGGGACCUUGAUGUGGUGGUGGUGUCAGUGGCUGGUGCCUUCCGAAAGGGCAAGUCCUUCUUUCUGGACUUUAUGCUUCGAUACUUAUAUUUCCAGAAAGAAGGUGGCCAUGCAAAUUGGUUAGGUGAUCCAGAAGAACCAUUAACAGGAUUUUCAUGGAGAGGGGGCUCUGACCCAGAAACCACUGGGAUUCAGAUCUGGAAUGAAGUUUUCACUGUGGAGAAGCCAGGUGGGAAGAAGGUUGCAGUUGUUCUGAUGGAUACCCAGGGGGCAUUUGACAGCCAGUCCACUGUGAAAGAUUGUGCUACCAUCUUUGCUCUAAGCACCAUGACUAGUUCUGUUCAGAUUUAUAAUUUGUCCCAGAACAUUCAGGAAGAUGACCUUCAACAGCUACAGCUCUUCACAGAAUAUGGUCGUCUGGCAAUGGAUGAAAUUUUCCAAAAACCCUUUCAGACACUGAUGUUUUUGGUUAGAGACUGGAGUUUCCCUUACGAAUACAACUAUGGACUACAGGGAGGAAUGUCAUUUUUGGAAAAGCGUCUACAGGUGAAAGAACAUCAACAUGAAGAAAUUCAGAAUGUCCGAAAUCACAUCCACUCAUGUUUCUCCAGUGUCACCUGCUUUCUUCUGCCACAUCCAGGACUCCAGGUGGCCACAAGCCCUGAGUUUGAUGGGAAAUUGAAAGAUAUUGCCAGUGAAUUCAAAGAGCAGUUACAGAUACUGAUUCCGUAUAUAUUAAACCCAGCGAAUUUAAUGGAAAAGGAGAUCAAUGGCUCAAAAGUCACCUGCCGAGGGCUCUUGGAGUAUUUUAAGGCAUAUAUUAAAAUUUACCAAGGAGAAGAUCUGCCUCACCCCAAAUCCAUGCUUCAGGCCACUGCUGAAGCCAACAAUUUAGCAGCUGCAGCCUCUGCCAAGGACAUUUACUACAACAGCAUGGAAGAGGUGUGUGGGGGAGAGAAACCUUACUUGUCUCCAGACAUUCUAGAGGAGAGGCACUGUGAAUUCAGACAACUUGCUCUUGACCAUUUUAAGAAGACCAAGAAGAUGGGUGGGAAGGAUUUUAGCCUUCGUUACCAGCAGGAGCUGGAGGAGGAAAUCAAGGAACUCUAUGAGAACUUUUGCAAGCACAAUGGUAGCAAGAACAUCUUUAGCACCUUCCGAACCCCAGCUGUGCUCUUCACGGGCAUCGUGGCUUUGUACAUAGCCUCGGGCCUCACUGGCUUUAUCGGGCUGGAGGUUGUGGCCCAGCUGUUCAACUGUAUGGUUGGACUACUGUUAAUAGCGCUUCUCACCUGGGGCUACAUCCGGUAUUCUGGUCAGUAUCGUGAGCUGGGCGGAGCUAUCGACUCUGGAGCAGCCUAUGUGUUAGAGCAGGCUACUUCUCAUCUUGGCAAUUCCACUCAGGCUGCUGUGAGGGAUGCAGUUGUUGGAAGACACCCCAUGGAUAAAAAAGCUCAGUAGCAUCUUAAGAGGAUUCAUGAAGAAGCUGACCAACUCCUACUGAUUUCUGGGUUUCUGCUGCAGCCACAGGUCCAGGUCCAGAGGAAUAUAGGUCUGGGACCAUCCAGGAAGAGCUGACACAUGGCACCCAUAAAUGAAGAGGCCUUCCCUGUGGUUCCAAAUUCUUAAACACACUUCCAUUUCUGUUGGAAGCAUUCCUUUUCCUUGCUGAUAAUAUAAAUCCAAGCCUCUGUCUGUUUUCUUAUUACUCUCUGCUUUGUGCACUUUAUGGGGGGAAAGCUAAAGGAAAAAACGGAAAUGCAGUUUUAAGUCCUUUCUGUGCCACUUAGUGCCUUUGAAAAUGGAAUCCGUGCUUCUGCAGGCUUGGUGGGGAGGGUCAGAGGACAGCCUCACAAAUGGUGCGAUUGGGGUGAAACUUGCCAGUGCUUUUAUGCCUACUCUAUUGAGAAGGAUUCCUGUUUUGAAAAGUUUACAAAACUUGCAAAAGCUUCAGAACUAAAGACUGAACAUGAUGUCAUUACACUUUUAAAAUAUUGUAAUAUUAGAGACCCCUGUCUGCCACAUAGUGUGGGAGAAUCAUACCAUGUUUAAAUCUACCAUUCAUUGAAAUUUACCUGACAGGCUGUCAGUUUUGUUCGAACUUUUUUUUUUUUUUUUUUUUUUUUUGCCUUUAUGUCUAUAGCUUCUUUCUAGAAAAGAGCGAACAUGCCUUGAAAAGCCAGAGAGGCUCAUAGCAAAAGGAAUGAGCUUGAAAAUUUCAGAAAAAAGCUAGAGUUUAAGUGAACCGUGUGACUUCUUGUAAGUCACUUGAACUUGUGCCUUGGUCAGACUCACUUUUGUGGGUUUAUGUUCCUGCAUGUAUUAUGCACUACUCACACACAAUUGCCAUUUGGGAGGUUUUGUUUUUGAGAGUUCUGUGUGAGAGCAAAACAUAAUUGCAAAUUUGAGGAAAGACAUUACCAGAUGUCACUGCCUUUAAGUGAUGUCCUAUUUCACAUGAUUUAGCAGUAAAUCAGGUCAUUAUCCAAAAUGUUUAUUUGCAUUCUCCUAUGCACUAAUGUUUUUAAUAAUGGAGCUAAAAAUGUCAAUUUUAUUUAGUGGGUCUUCCUUUAUUUAACUUUACUUGACCUGUCUGCCAGCUUUAAAAUAGCUUUGGCUUAGUAAGGACCAAAGCCCCACCCAAAUAAAGACACUAUCUAGAACUAUCUAAGAAUUCUUUUUUAUUUACCUUGAUUGUGUGAUAAAUUUUUUUUAUCUUAGUUGCCUUUUCCUUUGAUUUAUAAUGGUGAAUUAUUGUGGGUUUUAAAACUUCUAAAAAUUGCCUGCAAAUACUUAAAUAAACAUUCAGGUGUAUGAGCCUUAAUUCUGAAGAUAAUUUAAUUUUUGUGAGAGGGAGAUAGGAAGACUGAGGCAAAAUCCAAGUGAAUUGUGUAUAUACGAAGUAUGAAUGGAAGGUGGAAAAAAGUUUCUUCUAGCAUAUAAUCUAUUAAGUAAUUUUUUGACUACUUUAACACUUUAUCAUUCAAGUAUUUUUUAUAAGUCCUGAAUUCCAAGCGUUUUGUAUUUUUUCAUAUUUGCAUACCAUCUUGCUCUGAAGUUCUUGCUGUUUUAUUCACUUGCCAUUAAAUUUUAGAAAAAUUCCAGUUCUAAAACCUACUUGCAUAUCAGUGAUGCCUAGCUUUGACUGUUAAAUCCAAAGUGUAGUUUUGAAACUUUAGUGGAUUUUCAAGUGGUCUCUCAUUUUCCUGAAGGUUCAUGCUUAGUACAUAAAGGCUUUACAGAUGUUAAUUAAAAACAAAGCUACAAAGUCCCUAGAGUUCAAAUUGAAAACAUCAGUGAUGGAUGAUGUUUUGCUAGAACUAAAUUGCUGAUAUUGGGUUUAAUAAACCUACUGUUUUCAUGUUUUACUUUUUGCUUAAAAAAAGUCUUACGGAUGCUGAGAUACUUAGCUUGUAAUGCAUUUUUAUAAGAAUAUUUAUAGAUUUCAGAACAAUUGUCUAAUUUGGUCCCACUUUUAAUGGUGAGAAAAGGAUGAUGUGUCUAAAACUUAUUUUAAUACUAAAGUAUUAGAUUUUUUAAAGUAAAAAAACAUGAUAAUGUAUUAUUUAAUGAAAUCUUAGGAUUUAUUUACUCUUUAAAUUCACCAUUUCUGUUUUGAUCUUAAAGGAAUACUUUGAUUUAAUUACCCCGGGAAGCCUUCACUGUUUUUGGUCUUUAUUAACAUAUUCUGCCUCUGAAAAGUGUUUAAAAAGUUUUCUCAGUGAGGAUUCUUACGACUUUUCUUUGGCCUCUUUUCUCUCUUAACAGUGAAUGAUGAUUUUAUAUCAGCUUUUUCAGUGAAAGGUGCAUUCUCAUUGCUGGCCUACAUAGUCCUGGGGAGAUUUAUAACUCGGUUGAAAAAAAUGCCUGUUACCUCUCACCUUCCCUUGGCCUUUGCCUUGACAUUACUUAGGAGCCCAGACUCUUGUUGGCUUAGUUUGCUGCUCUGCUUCUCCUGGCCAGCGACCCCACACAGCAUUCUCUAUUUGCACAUUCCUGACAGUACGUCGAUGCACUCCUAUUAACAUGUGAAAGGAGGGUUUCACAAUUUUUAUUGAAAGAACUCAUUUCAGGAGAGGUUAAAUUUUUUUUAAUCCAAUUAGCUUAGAGUAAAAAUAAAAGAAUAAACAUUUUGAGUCUUUCACUGAGAAAUCUUUCUAGAUUUGUUUGUAGACAAAAAUGAGGGCAGAUUAUCCUGUUAUCAUGUGUGAUGAUACAUCUUCAGUCUCGUUCUUUGUUUGCAGAAUACUGAGAAGUCAUCUGUUCCAUGCAUGCUUAUAUAUUAACACCUGCUUUACACUUGGUAAAAUUGCCUGUGAAUAUUGUUUUUGCUUUACCUGCUACUCCUGUUUUAGUUUCCACAAAGUAAAAUGCUUUGGACAAAUGACCAAGAUGCCUUGUGUUGGCAGCGUGUUCCUUUAGCAGUCAUGCCCAGUGUGCCCACUGGCUUAUAGAAGUGGUGUCUCAGGUCGGGAAGUUUGGAUGAGCACACAUGUAUGUAUGAGUUAGGGAGAAUUUGAGUAAAUUGAUUUAAGUUCAGGCAAAAGCGAUAAAAAGCUUUUAUAUUUUCCAAAAUUUUUUUUUUUUUUUUGGUAAACAAUAUAACUUACAUGGAAGUCUUGUGGAACUUUUUUUUAACCCUGUAGAACUAUUGAAAUUAAUUUAGGAUGGGCCUGCAUCAUGCCGGCUUACAUUUAGAUCCAACAAAAUUUUAGUGAAGGAAAAAAGGCACAAUGAAGACAAACUUCUGUUACGAAAGUACAAUCUAUUUGUGUACGUGGUUUUUUAACAUGACAUUAAGUACCCCAUUGUAAAAGACCAUUUGCAGUUGGAUAGUUUUUUCUUACGUUAAAUCAUACUGUAGCUGUGUUUUGGGUAGUAGUUCUUAUCUACCCUGGAAUGCAUGAAAUUUACCUGGGAUUCUGCUUUUAAAAAAGUUCAAAUUACCAGCUUUAUACCAAGGGGUUGCCGCAGUGGGUCUGGGCUGUGGCCCCAGAAUCACCACUCAUACAAACAGUAUUGCUGGUGGUUCAGAAACAGCCCAAGAGAGACCGCACUGGAGGGCGGGGAAGUGCAAUUCAGGACGGCCCUGGGGAAAGUGGGCGGCUUUUGCCAGAUAAAGUCACUGAGAGUUUACAGUGCUCAGAAUAGUAAGGGUGCCUGUAACCUAGAGGAUUCUCUAAAGCUGUUUUUCAAAAUUAGGAUAUCGUAGUGCCUUCUCUGGAAAAUGAAUGUACAAGUAUCCUUUUUACUAGCAGGUGUAAUUAGGAUUAAAAAAAAAAAAAAAACUUUUGAAAGUUGUGUUUCUUUUUUAAAAAACAGAAUUCAGCGCUGUGACUUGAACCCCUAAGUCAUGCACAGAAAACGUUAAGCCAUAAAUCAGAAUAAUGAACAAAAAGGAAGAAGAGGAUCAUAGCUUUGAAAUUAACAAAAAUAAGCCACAUUAGGAACUUGCAAAACAGAUCUAGGGGAAGCAGGAUUUGAAAAAUUUUUUAUGUGCCAGACUAAAAUUCAAAAGUAGUGUUCUUGUGACCAAGGGAAGGUUGGGUUUAAUUCCUAAAGCUUUCCAAUUUAGAUGAAUAAGUGCUGUCAUGGACUAAAGCCUUAAAGGAGUUAAUGUUAAUCUUGAAUACAUACAGUUUUUCUGCUCAGAUUUCUUUAAAAGUGACUUGUUCCCCUGGCCAGAUGGCUCAGUUGGUUGGAGCAUUGUCAUGAUAUGCCAAAGUUGCAGGUUCGAUCCCUGGUCAGGGCACAUACAAGAAUCAACCAAUGAAUGCAUAUAUAAGUGGAACAACAAAUUGUUGUCUCUCUCUGUCUCUCUUCCUCUCUGUCUCUCUCUCAUCAAUAAAUUUUUAAAAAAUGACUUGUUAAAAAUACUUUGUCCUAUACCCUUUAAAAUGGCUUUAAAAUUUAAUAUACUUUUAAAAAGUGCAAUAGGAUGCGAUUAUGCUAUUAGUACAUUAAAAGCAUGUUUCCAUUUCUUAGUUAUAAGGUCAUUUAAUGGAAUAAAGA